GAUUAGUUAAUUUGGCCUCAUAAACGGACAACGAACAGCUAACUAUAGACGGACAAGAAAAAAGUCUCAACCUUGAAACAUUCAGAUUCUUUGGUGGUUCAGCAAAUAGGGGAGAGAAUUGAAUUCUCUCUCUCUCUUCUCUCGCUUUGAAUCUGCGAAGAAAAACAUCACCAGAAGUAAAGAAAAGAAUGGCAAGUGUACAGUUAGGUCUUUCUGCAACCACAACCAACAACAAUCACCUCUUGAAAUUCUCACUCUCAUCAUCUACAUCUUUCCGUAAUACCGUUGAAUUCUCUCGAUCUACUUCUGCUGUCUGCAGUUUCAACAAAUCAGGAAUUUGCAGGGCUAGUCAAACAGUUGAAUUGUUUCCAUCAGUAAUCCCUGACAUUGUCGUCAGGGAGGCAAGAAUAGAAGACUGCUGGGAAGUAGCUGAGACACACUGUAGUUCUUUUUUUCCUGAUUAUACAUUUCCUUUAAAUUUGGCGUUAAGGUUUGAUCGAGUAGUAGGAUUAUUAUCAGGAUUCUCAGUUCCAAAUGGUUGUAAGCGGACAUGUUUGGUUGGUGUUGUUGGUGGUCCUGCUGAUGAUAGAUUUUUAUUCGGAAGUGAAGAUUUUAGAGUUGGAAGCUUCGAAGGAAAAUUCAGCUUCAAUAGGGGUUAUGUUGCUGGGAUUUUGACUGUCGACACUGUGGCUGAUUUUCUUCCCAGAAAAGGGCCGCUGCGGCGAAGAAGGACUGGAAUUGCUUAUAUAUCGAAUGUUGCUGUUCGAGAAAGUGAUAGGCGCAAAGGGAUCGGUAAGAGGCUGGUCAUGAAGGCAGAGGCUCAAGCCAGGAGCUGGGGCUGCCGUGCUAUUGCAUUACAUGUGGAUAAAAAGAAUCCGGCAGCCACAAGGUUGUACCAAAACCAGGGUUUCAGAUGCAUUAAUGUACCCGAAAAAGCCAACUGGCCCCAACCAAGAACGUCUCCAGAUAUCCAUUUCAACUUCAUGAUGAAGCUCCUAACUAGUAGCUGAAGCACAAGAAAGAAAGAUUAUUUCAGGGCACAUGAUGUAAAAUUGUACUAUUAGAUGAUGCUUGUAUAUAUAUAGGGAAAAGGUACUAGCAGUAGAAUAUUUUGUGCGCCUGUAAUGUUCAUGUUCUAUCCCCUGCAGGCUGAAACAAAAAUGGGCGUUGUAUCAUAUUACAGAUGUUGCUUAAGGAUUCACUUCACAUGCAUUAAUCAAAUUAUGGUUUUGGAAGAUCCUAACCAGCUUACCAGGAUCUAUCUAAA